UAGAUCCUAUUCCAACUGCUAUCAUCCCACACUCUCAACAUUACCAUACAUGCUUUAUAUAUGGAAUUAAAGAUAUCCCUUGUGUUACAACUGAACAAAGCAACCAUGCAUCAGAUUAUGCUAUUUGCACUAUAUUUAAAAAUAACCUAUUACAUAGGCUCU